AAGAAGUACCAUCGCAAAUAUGCCACAGUCCCCCAGGAUGCUGUAGUCCCUGCAGAUCCCAUCAUCAUCCCUUCCCAGAUCACAGCACAAAGUCUCCACAAAGCAGAUUUUGUCAAGCUCUACUAUUUCACAAACAAAGGCCUAUGUGAUGCAGAGCUGACCAUCUGCUCAACAGAUGAUGAUGCCCUAACCCUCCUCCAGACAGGAGAAGGACUACACUCCUUCAUACCUCUAGCAUCAGCCCAAGCAAAAGGCACAGUCACCAAAGAUGAAGACCUUACCUGGGAAGAAUUCUCAGAAGCUGCACACAGGCUAACCAAUGCUAUG